AUGAGCAGGGUGACACCUGAGGGGCUGGGCCUCCACAAGCGAGUAGGACACUCGCGAGAGCGCCGAGUGUCAGGCAGCCAGGGCAGCCUGGGGCACCACGAGGCCUACUCGGGAAGUGAGAGGGGAAUGAGUCACAUUGGGCCAGUCAAGGAGUUUCGUGUGGAAAUCUGCGUUACCGCGCUGCCUUGCCUGAAUCUAGGGACUCAGGGUUCCUACCUGCACAUUCCAGUGAAUGGUCGCCAAAUCACGGAGGUGCCCGAGUUUCAGCUCAGCACCCGGGCCUGGCAGAGCCUCAGAAGAGCGCCCGUCGCGCUCCCACCCCACCUUUGCCUACGGCGGCUGGGAAGGUCGGCGCAGGAGUCAGGGCGGAAGAGCCGCCCCCUGCAUGCUGCCUGGUCCGCGAGUACGCAGGCGCGGCACCGACGCUCCCGGGAGGUCACUUCUUUCCGUUUCCUAGCAACGGCUGGAAGCUUUGUUGACAUCUCUUGCAGCAGUGGCGCCGGACUGAGCGAAGGCUCCUGCCGCCAACGCCAUGGGGUCAGUGAACCAUUGCUGGAUGCCAAGUCCGGGGUCACCAACCAGCUUGUAGAUUCUCAGUGGAAGCUGGGUAUGGCUGCGAGCUCGGACAGUGGCAGAUCUCUCAAGUAUCCUUAUGUUGCAGUGAUGCUAUAAGUGGCAGAUCAUUCGGACCAAAUAAAGAACAAGUCCCUUGAGAUGACAAUACCACAGUUGCACAGUUUCUACAGACAGUUCAAAGAAAUUGCUGCAAUUACAGAAACUGUAUGA